CAACUUUCAACUCCUAAAAACCUUAAAGAAAACAAGUCUUUAACCAAUCUCCCCAAGAAACCUAUUUGCUUGUAUUAAUUUCAUACAAAUUUGCCAAAAUGUUUAGCUUCUCACAGCAAAAUAACUUCUUUGGUCCUAGAUGUGUGUGGGUCAACGGUCCUGUCAUAGUAGGGGCGGGUCCAUCAGGGCUAGCCAUUUCGGCCUGCCUCAAGGAUCAAGGCAUCCCUUUUGUAGUCAUCGAAAGAUCUGACUGUAUCGCUUCUCUUUGGCAAAAACGUACCUAUGACCGCCUAAAACUCCACCUCCCGAAGAAAUUCUGUCAACUUCCCAAAGUACCAUUCCCCGAAGAGUAUCCCGAGUACCCUACAAAGAAACAAUUCGUCGAUUACCUCGAGAACUAUGCAAAAAAGUUCGACAUCAAGCCGCAGUUCAACGAGUGCGUGCAAUCGGCAAAAUACGAUGAUGCAUGUAAGCUCUGGCGGGUUAAGACCGUCUCCACAACCGGAUCAAUCCGGGCCGAGACGGAGUAUAUCUGCCAGAUGCUUGUUGUGGCCACCGGAGAAAACGCCGAAGGAGUAAUACCGGAUAUUGAAGGUCUCAAAGACUUCUCCGGUGAAGUGAUCCAUGCAAAAGAUUACAAGUCCGGCCAGAAAUACGCAGGAAAGAAGGUUUUGGUCGUCGGUUGUGGGAAUUCCGGCAUGGAAGUCUCUCUUGAUCUCUCUAACUACAAUGCAAAGCCAUCAAUGGUGGUUCGAAGCUCGGUUCAUGUUUUACCAAGAGAAAUCAUGGGCAAAUCGACAUUCGAUCUAGCCAUGAUGCUAAUGAAAUGGUUACCUCUAUGGAUAGUUGACAAGAUCCUCUUGAUCUUUGCAUGGUUCCUAAUUGGAGACAUACAACGAUACGGUAUCAAACGACCAUCUUUAGGUCCACUCACACUCAAAAACAACCAUGGAAAGACCCCGGUUCUCGACAUAGGAACCCUCGAGAAAAUCCGGUCAGGCGACAUAGCGGUUGUGCCCGGAAUCAAAAGGUUCACAGAGAAAACAGUAGAGCUAGUCAACGGUGACAUUCUGGACAUAGAUUCAGUCAUUUUGGCAACUGGGUAUUUCAGCAACGUCCCAUUUUGGCUUCAUGAGAAAGAGUUCUUUGCUGAAAAUGGGUUCCCAAAAACACCAUUUCCCAAUGGCUGGAAGGGGAAAGGAGGGCUAUAUGCUUCAGGGUUUACAAGGAGAGGCUUGGCUGGGGCUACUGCUGAUGCAGUUAAAAUAUCAAAAGAUAUUGGAAAAGAAUGGAAAAAGGAGUUGAAUCAGAAGAAACAGAAGGUUCCAACACACAGAAGAUGCAUUUCAACUUUCUAAACUUGUUAUUAUUCUUCUUUUAAAAAUAUAUGUAUGAAUAUAUAUAUAUGAAUAUACCCACAAGGCCAGCCAUCUCCACAAAGCCCUAACAGAAGUUUUUGAAGAAUGUUUGGGUGUUUUGCAUAGUGAGGAUGAUGUGACUCCCUUUUCUUUCUUUCUUUCUUUUAUAUUUUUUUUUCUAAACAAUGUUGUAUACACUUUGUAGAAGAUUAUACUUUCAAUGAAAAUGUCUUGCUUGUCUAGUUUAUAUAUAUGUCUUAUCCA